AUGUUUGCCUUUUUUUCAGAAUUCCCUAAAAAGGAUGAACUGGGAAAGGUGGAGCACCCUUGCCCCCCGAAUCAGCCCGGGGGGCCGCUGGAAUUUCAUGGGUGCUCACCUUUUUUCCGGUGACUGGCGCGUCGAACCGGAGCACCCAGGCCCUCCGCUUCAUGCGGGGGGCCCUCUGGAUAACUUUACGGGUGCUCGGCUAGACCAAUAAGGUAAGAUUUCGUUUUGUUUUUCGGAAAUUUUUCACUUUUAUUUGGGCUAAAGCAAUAUAAUUUUCCUAUUUUCAGUUCAAGGCCAGUCCAGUCCAGACCGAAGUGGACAUGGAACCCUCGCCCCCUGAAUUAGUCCGGGGGGCCUCAGUGAACCAAUCAAAGAAAUUGAGGUAAGCAAGAUUUAUAUUCGUCUCCUUCGAAGUUUAGGAGUCAUGCUUAGGAAUUUCGGGAUAAUCAGCUGCACGCCGGUAAGAUAUAUCCAUCUUACACAACGUUACACAACCUAUUAACGUUGUAUAACGUAUGUUAUGUCGCAAUAGUUCCAUGUCCCAACGAGACAUGGAACUAAAAUCGAAACGUUUUUCGAUAAAUUGUUACCUAAAUUAAUAUAAAAGUAUUCUGGAGGCAGAAGGGCAACAAUUUAUGAACUUAUGCCGUCGAGAAUACUAAAAUACGCUCAGAAAAGUGGCUUCUAACCCGAACAGAUGUAUUAUGGACUCAAAAUGUGGUAAAUAUUGCCAAAAUAAAUCAAAUCCCUAAAAAUUUAGCUAAAAACGAUAUUUUUCGGAGCGAAGUAGAGAAAAAAUUUGCGCUGACCUGCAGAAAGGUCUCGUAAACAAAUAUGAUUAAGCCCUUCCCCAAAAUUUGGACUAAAAUGCCGUUUUUGCGUCGAUUCUCCAUCACAUUUUCGAUACCUAAAUUUCGAAGAACGAAAAAACAUAAAAACACUUACGUAUAUCCAAGAGAUGCAUUUCAUCACCUAAAGUAACCUAUUCUCCAACUUCAGAAGCCAUCCUCUUACUUUUACAUCUUCUGCAAAACGGUUCACGCCCGUUUCUGCAAAUUUAUUUUGCAUCUGUGCGCAAAGUUUUUCCUGAUGCAGAAUGCCAACCAUUUCUACCAACCAAAAAAGUUCGUUUCGGGGUGCAGCUGAUGUUUUACUUGACAUGAAGACUGUUCUAAAAGUGCGAUAAAUUCGAUCCCGCUUUGUAUUCCUUCGUUUUUUGCGUUUUUUCUUGUUCUGACAUAACAUUAUCUCUUCUUUUUCAGACUCUUACACACGAGCUCAAUUGCCCACCAGAUCAAAACCACUGAGGAGUCCGAGCGGCAGCGUAUUCAUGGUCCAAGCCUUGAAAAUGAAGUAAGCUUAUGUUUCUUUUGUUUUUUGUUUGCGGUUUAGAUCAAUAUUUGGCAGAAUUUUGGAUCGGGAGGGAAUGGUCAGACUUGAUUUUUAUACCUAUUUUUGAAUCAGAUUUCUUUGUCAGGAAAAUCUGUGUCUAUUAUUGACAGGGAGUCGAAUAUUUUCACAAAAAACAAUUUUUUCCCACUGAAAUUCGCGAAGACAUAGAGGAAAACACGUUUUUUUGUGUUGCCGCUCUCCUCAUUUCCCGUUCUCGCUCGCCGGAAAGAUUGCGUAAUAUCUCGGGUGCGAAUGCAAAGCAAAAGCUAAAAUUUUCAAGGAAGGAUUUGUGGAUCAUCUAAAGAAUAUGUGCUAAAUUUGGGGAAAAUUGAAGGAAAAAAUUUUUUGGGUUUAGUAGAGGUCAAGUAUAAGGUUGAAAGUCUAAUUUUUUGAUAUUUUUUGGCUGAACUCAGAGGUUUUCUCGCGUGUAGAUGAUGUGUCCGAGAGUGUAAUUGAACAAUUUCAGCAAUGGCUACUUGAAUUCGAUGGAUUUGGGACGAAUUGCGGCACUUUUUUAUAUUACAAUUGA